CACCUUUGAGAGUUGUGUAAAGCUUGAUUUUGAAGCUAUGCAAAGGGAGAGUCGUAAGCGGAGAGUCGGCAUCGUAACCCCACCCGAUGCUCGAGUCCUUAUGACCCCGAGAACGCCAAGUCCAAAGCGAUACCGAAAGGAAAAUGGCGAUAACUUGGAAAUGGGUGAAGCCAACCUAAGGGCAAGACAAGAUGAAAAACAUUAUAAGGUGUUUAAUGACAGCAUCCAUGGACACAUUGAAGUUCACCCGUUGUGUGUAGAAAUUAUUGAUACACCACAGUUCCAACGUCUUAGAGAUAUCAAACAAUUAGGAGGUUGUUAUCGUGUAUUCCCAGGGGCUUCACAUAACAGAUUUGAACAUUGUAUCGGAACUUGCUACUUGGCUGGAAGACUUGUGAAGAGUUUGCGUAAAAGACAACCAGAACUGGGAAUCACAGAUGAGGAUAUGCUCUGUGUAAGGAUUGCUGGGCUCUGUCAUGAUCUAGGUCAUGGACCAUUUUCACAUACAUUUGGGGCAUUAUUUAUACCAACUGCUAGGCCUGAUGCACACUGGAAGCAUGAAGAUGCUUCUGUUAGAAUGUUUGAUCACAUGAUGAUGAGAAACAAGUUGUCUCCAAGUUUUGAAAAGUAUAACUUAACUGAAAGAGAUGUGACCUUUAUUAAAGAACUAAUCGCUGCAACAGUGCUGGAGACAACUAUAUGCACCUCUGAGGACUGGCCAUAUAAAGGAAGAGGACCAGAGAAAAGCUACUUAUAUGAGAUUGUUGCCAACAAACGAACAGGCAUUGAUGUGGACAAGUUCGACUAUUUUUCACGAGACUGUCAUUGCUUAGGAAUCAACAACAGUUUUGAUCAUAAGCGUUACAUGAAGUUUGCCAGAGUCAUCAAUGUCAGCGGCAAACUGCAAAUAUGUGUACGCGAUAAAGAAGCAGGCAACGUCUAUGAUAUGUUUCACACCAGAAACAGUUUAUUUCGAAGAGCUUACCAACACAAGACGUCAAAUAUCAUUGAAAGAAUGAUUACAGAGGCACUUCUCAAGGCUGAUAGAAAAGUACUUUUCAAAGGAUCAAAUGGGAAGAUGUUUUCAAUUUCUGAAUGUAUUGAUGACAUGGAAGCGUAUUCACAGCUAAGUGAUCACGUGUAUUACCAGAUCCUUAACUCGAGCGAUCCUGCGCUGGAAGAGGCUCGUAAAAUUUUGCUCCGAAUACAGCGCCGAGACCUUUACAAAUGUAUCGGCCACUCCAUUUUCCGCGAACGUCGAGAUGAAAAGGAGAUUCCAGACAUACAGCUAGAUAUAGCUGGUUAUAUUGAAGACGGCCCUAAACUCGACCCAGAAGACUUUAUAAUUGACAUGGUCACUUUUGACUAUGGAAUGAAAGACAGAAAUCCAAUUGAUGAGGUGCGGUUUUACGGCAAGAGCAACCCAGAUAAACCUCUGUUUUUUAGAAAGGAUGAGGUUAGCAACAUGCUUCCUGAAAUGUUUGCAGAGCAGCAUAUCCGAGUAUAUUUUCGCAAGAAUGACCCUAAACUCCUAGAGAAGGCACAACGAUGCUUCCUCCGCUGGUGUGGUAGGCAGAAGUGUACCACGCCAAAGGGAGGGGAUGCUCUGGCGGAAUUGACACCUAUGAAGUCCGCACAACAGGGUGGCCCUAGCAACAUGGAGAGACGGCUCAGCUAUCAAGAAUAAGGGCUGAUUUUAGUUUUUGAUAAUUUUACUGGCGAAAAAAAUGAAGGAAGUUAUUAGAUCUAUUCAAUUCCAGUUUACAACUUCUUUUAAAGCCUUUUUGAUAUAUUUUUUAAUUAAGAAAAAAAUUAUAUGUUACCGUGUAGUGGGUAUGUUGUUCGCGCCAAUCAGAUCGCCACGUUAGGGUAUGUAUUGCACCAAACAGAUUGCCGCAUUAGGGUAUGUAUCUCGCACCAAUCAUAUCACAGCAUUUGGAUAUCAUGCCCCAAUCACAGCCUUUGGGUAUUGUUUUCUUGUAAAUGAUGUCAUGGAAACAGAGGGCUGUGCACAAAGAGUGGCAUUAACAAGAAAUUUGGGCUCAUUUGAUAAGUGUUAUGAUUGUGGCCUUUGCAAGAGCCUCGUCGAGUAAAGUCGAGAUUUAUCAGAAUAUGAAAGGGUCGCAUUUAUUUUUAUUGUCAUUUUAAAGUUAAAACGUGUUUUUCCGCUCCUUUUCUCACAACGUACACGCGAAACAACUUUCCAUCACGUACUGUGAAAACAACGCCCAAAGUCCAAUCAGAACAUACCCAAUUAUUGCACUUCAUGAACGUAAGGUAAUUUUUCACGUGCUUGAAGGACCUGCAUUUUAUCAUGUAUUCUACCCGAAUUAUCCAACACCACUGUAAAAAUUUCACAGUAAACUUUGUGCUACUGAUAGUGAAUUUUUCACGCAUUCUCCCGCGUUUUGACUUUUCAACGAAAUUCGCUUUAGCUACCUAUGAAUUAACCCAUUCGCUUGUUAAACCUGCAUUUUAUUACGUAUUUCACACACGGGGCAGAAUCCAGAUAGGCAGCAACCAAUCAAGGAGUCCUCUUUGAAAUAUUAUCCUUUUCUCUUGCUUAGUGUAUCUUCCCCUCCACAAGAUCACAAUGUCUUUGGUUAGGGUCUAUUGGAGAUAUGACAGUUUUAGUUUGCUUUUCGCAGUUAAAUUACGUGGAAUUAUAUUUUUUAGGCGACUAACUGUAGACGAAUAAUUUUGAUUUUCUUUCCGUUUGAGGAACGGCUGUAAGCGUAGUCUCUUUUGCAACCGUUAUUUGGUCUCGUCACACCAUGGCUCUCUCUCCAACGUGGAAUAGAGAAGACCAAACAACGGCUGCGAAGGAGACUGCAGUAAGCGUGGUAUCCAUGCAUUUUAUUUUUGUUCAGAUGUAUUUAGACAGAGACAAUACACCAAAAAAUACCUGAGUUUACAUAAAUGAUGUUUUUUCUCUU